GUUCCCCACCCAAGAUUCCCCCAACCACUGGCCCGUGCGAGCCGCGAUAAGCAACAAUCAACGACACACUUUGCCGGGUUUUGUGCUCAAGCACGAGCUAAAAAGCGUGCGCGAUAUUUUUUUUCAAUUUUAAUUAGGUUAAAAGAACGGCAACAGAAGUUAGCCUGCAUAACAAUUAAAGGCAGAUGGCACAGCAGCAGGGAAUGGAUUCGGCGCUAUUUGAGCGACGGCUUAGGCCGGUCUACGACAAUCUGGAAGUGGGCAACAACCGCAAGGCACUGCAGGAGUCGGAGAAGCUACUAAAGAAGCAUCCGAGUCUUAUGUGCGCACGUGCGCUCAAGGGAUUGGCACUGCUGCGUCUGGGACGCUACGAAGAGAGCCAUGGCUGUCUGCAGGCUGUGGCAGAAGAGAAGCCCGUUGACGAUUCCACACUGCAAGUGCUCUCCUUCUGUUAUCGUGAAAUGGAGCAAUUGGAGAAAAUUGUGGAGCUGUAUCAGCAUGCAAUCAAACAGAAUCCUGGCAACGAAGAGCUGCUGGCACAUCUCUUUGUCUCAUAUGUGCGCGUUGAGGACUACAAGGCACAGCAGGCAGUUGCUCUGCAGCUGUACAAGGCACAGCCAAAGAAUGCGUAUUACUUUUGGUCCGUUAUUAGUGUAGUAUUUCAGGGUAUUCGCGGUCCAGAGUCUUCCAUUCCCGAGAAGCGUAAACUGUACUUGGCCUUGGCUCAACGCAUGGUGGACAAGCACAUUAAGGAGGGCAAGCUGGAGAACGAACAGGAGGCAUUUCUCUAUCUGCAUAUACUGAAGCUACAGAACAAGUAUCAGGAGGCCUGGGACUUUCUUACGGGCGAACUGUGCGCUAAGCUUUAUCCAGGUGCACCAGUUAGCAUGAAAUUUGAGCUGCUCAAAGUGCUGGGCAACUGGCGUGAGCUAAACGUACUAAUGGAACAGCUGCUGGAAGCAGAUCGCGAUCGUUGGGACUACUAUAAGGAGUAUUUGGAGAGCUGCUUUGAACUGCUUAAGGCACCGCCUUCGGACGAUACCAUGCCACCAUAUACACUCGACAAUUGCCACAAGUUUUUAAUGCAAAUCAUUGCAUCAUCAGAGCGCAAGACGCGUGGUCCAUAUCUGGCACGUCUAGAGCUGCACCAGCGCAUGCGUGCCCAGCAGCUGCAGGCGCAGAAGCUUAUUGGCGACUUUGAUGAGCUGAUUAUUGAAUAUUUUAAGCUCUUUGGCGACAAGUCCUGCUGCACGCACGAUAUAGCGCUCUUCUUACCUUCCAUAAGCAUGGAGCAGCGUCAAUCACUUGCGGCCAAGCUGCUGCAGGAGAGCGGCAUCAGCUCUACAUCAUUGCCACAAAGCAAGGAGCAUAUGCAGCAGCAUAUUUGUGCGCUGCAAAUCUCACGCAUGUGUGGUGUGCAUAUUGAGCUGACAAAGGAUCAUCUGUUGGCCUUUUAUACGGCACUGAAGCUACACUAUGAGCAUGGACAUAGCGCGUUUGGCAAGCAGCUGCUUUCAACGGAAAUGGGACCAUCGGAUCCGUAUGCCUUGCUGGCGGCCAAUGUUAUGUACGACUUGACGCUGCGUGAAAACGAAUCGGAUUACUUAUUUGAGGCGCUCUGCUUGCUGCAAUAUGUGCUGAGGAACAGCACCAGCAAUUUCCAUGUGAAGCUCAUGAGCUUGAAGAUUUACCACAUGUUUGGCUGCCUGCUGGGCGCACAGGAGAUGUAUGACUAUUUGGAUAUUAAGCAAAUACAACUGGACUCAAUGGGCUAUGUGCAUUGCAAUCUGCUGCCACUAUCAGGACGCUUCUCGGGCGCACGUAAUUGCUACGAUGCCACGCUGAAGUUCUUUACAAAUAGCUACAAGGAACGCUUGGAAUACAUAGCGCUGACUUAUCGCUUCUGCACGUUUUCCAAAAUGGAGGAGUUUAUGAACUUUAAGGAACGCCUGACAAACAGUUUGCUGUACGUGGCCUGCUCGGUGGAGGCGCAACUGUGCGAUCUGGUUAGCUGCUAUGGCAAUGUGCAGCAGAAUCUGUCAGCCUAUGUGGCCAUGAGCAUCGAGCCUGCUGAUGAUCGCAUUUCCUGGAAUGAGCUCAGUGACAAUCGCGACUUGGAGGCUAUUAUACGCUGGGAUCCGCUGCAUUUGGUAUUUGGCAAGGAGGAGCGCCAAGAGUCUUAUGAUCAGGAAAUUGAAGUGCUACAAUUACGCUCAUUGCUGCUACGCUUAUUUGCCACGUUUAUCGACUUGUAUCAUCCACAACCAAGCGCCAAAGCUGCCUUGUCCAAGACCAAAACAACAAAUCAAGAGCAAGGCGAUGAAAUAGCUACAUUAGAGCUAUUGCGUGAAUCCUGGACGGGUCUGCAUCAGCGUUUACGGCUUAUGAACUACAAGCCGCUAUCCCAACGUUUUCUAGUCAAUUUACUGCCCACGCGUUUGCAUUUGCUGCUUGAAAUGCCCUACGAGCGUUUCUUUGAUGAUCUGGCGCAGCUGGUGCUGGACUUGUACAGCGGGUCAGCGCAGCUGACAAUGCAGUGCAAGCAGAUUAGUGAGAAUGUGACCAAGAUAAUGGAAUUGUUUGUGCAAACCAUAACAGAGAGCAAUGAAUGGAAUGGCAAGGAUGGUCUGUGGAAGCGUCGCGAACAUCAACAGAAAGUUGCUGCCUGCUUAGAGAUACUCUCCCUUUAUGCCUUUUUGCUAUCUGUGCUGAACGAGAAGCUGCAGUCUUGCGCCAAGACAAAAACAAAAAAGAAGCCUACGGGCGAUGGCAAAGCCAAUGAUGCACCACUGCCCAUUAGCGAGAAGGAACGCAGUCAAAUGGUGCUAGAAUUGAUGCGUCAAUUAAAACAUAAGCUGGAACUGUGUGAUGCAACCAUACGCACCUGGAAACCGCCUACGCUGCCACGUGAGCUCAGCUCGUUUAUGGCGGACAUGUCGCUGAAACCAGAGGUUGAAGCCACACUCAUUGGCGAUGUAUCAGCCACGUUCAAGGAAUCCCAUGAGCUCAUGGUUACCGAGCUCCGAAAUUUGCUUAAAGAUAAAAUACGCAUGGUUGCCAAAUAGUGUCAACCAAAACUUUGC